AUGGAGCCAAUAAGAAAUAGCAAGACGACUAUUACUGAAAUACUGAUUCAAGCUGGGUGUGAUGUUAACACCCCUGAUAAAAACGGCGUUACGCCAUUAAUGGAAUGUAUACAAACUAAUAACCAAGUUUUAGUCAAACAACUUAUUGGCCACGGCGCAUUUGUGAACGCUAAAGAUAACGAAGGAUGUUUUGUAUUGGACUAUUUAUUUCAUUCUUACCACAGUCCGAACGAUCGAUCUACUUCAGCAGAUACUAUUAAGAUUAUGAUAGAGACUGGGGCUGAUAUUCAUAAAUGUGAUAAUCUGUUGUGCAGAGCAAUUGAUGGGGAAGAUUAUGAAACGGCUUCAUUGCUUAUUGAAAACGGCAUUGAUGUCAAUUCGUUAGAUGAUAAUGGAGAUAACCCCCUUGGUCUAGCUUCCGAAAAAGGUAAAUUAGAAUUAGUGACAUUGCUGACAACAAAUGAUUGUGAUAUAAAUCAUCAAAAUCAAUUUGGAGAAACAGCGUUGCACAAAGCUAUAAGUGUUUCGAGCUAUAAUACUUAUUAUCAAGACAAGGAAAAAAUAAUAAAUACGUUGUUACUACAGAAAGGAAUGAACGUGAAUCUUAGUGACUUCGCUGGACGAACCGCCUUGUCCAUGGCAGCAGCUAAAGGAGAAAGAUCUUUUACGGAAGUAUUAAUGAAGGCUGGUGCCCACAUAGAUCAUUGCGAUACGCUCCGAGAAACCCCAUUGAUGAUCGCAAAAGCUGGAGCUGAUGCUAAUCUGAGUAAUGGCAAUGGAAAGACGCCUUUGGUGACAGCAGCACGAAACACUUGGCAAUUAAAAUACACAUUUAGCUGGAUAUCACAAGAUCGACGUUUGACAUGA